UCAAAGAGAGAGAGAGAGAGAGUAGAAAUGGAGAGGAGUUUAAGUGUUUCAAUGGGAGGAGGAUUUGAUGAUACUUCCAAGUUUGAUGAUGAUGGUCGCCCCAAACGAACUGGAACGGUGUUGACUACAAGUGCCCAUAUCAUAACAGCGGUGAUAGGAUCAGGAGUUUUAUCUUUGGCAUGGGCAACAGCACAGUUGGGAUGGAUAGCAGGACCAGUUGCUCUCGUUGCUUUCUCGGUCAUAACUUGGUUCACUUCUCUCCUUCUUGCUGACUGUUAUCGCGCCCCUGAUGGCUCUCGCAACUACACCUAUAUGGAUGCUGUUCGUUCCCAUCUCGGAGGAAUGAAAGUCCAGCUAUGUGGAAUAGCUCAAUAUAGUAAUCUUGUUGGCAUAACCAUUGGAUAUGCAAUCACCACAUCCAUCAGCAUGGUGGCAAUUAAAAGAUCCAAUUGCUUUCAUAAGCAUGGUCAUGCUGCUGGUUGUCAUGAGUCAAACAAUCCCUUCAUAAUUAUAUUUGGGAUUUUCCAAAUUAUUCUAAGCCAAAUCCCAAAUUUUCACAAGCUUUCAUUUCUCUCCCUCAUUGCUGCUGUUAUGUCCUUUGCUUACUCUUUCAUUGGACUUGGUCUCUCUAUUGCCAAGAUUGCAAAUGAUGGAGUAAGUGGAAACACAAGCUUAACAGGAACAAGAAUUGGAAAGGAAUUGUCAGGCACAGACAAGAUGUGGAACACCUUCUCUGCUCUUGGAGAUAUUGCCUUUGCCUAUGCUUUCUCUACUGUUCUUAUUGAAAUUCAGGACACUCUGAAAUCCCAUCCAAGAGAGAAUCAGUACAUGAAAAGAGCUAGCUGUAUUGGUAUCUCUGUGUCAACAAUAUUUUACAUGCUCUGUGGACUAAUUGGCUAUGCUGCAUUUGGAAACAAAGCUCCUGGAAACUUUUUAACAGGAUUCGGUUUCUAUGAACCUUUCUGGCUUGUUGAUUUCGCUAAUGUGUGCAUUGUGGUUCAUCUUGUUGGAGCUUACCAGGUGUUCUGUCAACCAAUAUUUGCAUUUGUAGAAGGUUGGAGCAAACAGAAAUGGCCAGAAAGUAAAUUCAUAACAAGAGAAUACAUGAUUAACCUUUCACCCUUGGGGCUGUUCCCUUUCAGUUUUUACAGGCUGGUGUGGAGAACUGCAUAUGUGAUACUCACAACCAUAUUAGCCAUGCUAUUCCCAUUCUUCAACGAUUUCGUCGGGCUUCUGGGAGCAGCCUCAUUUUGGCCACUCACUGUCUAUUUCCCAAUUCAGAUGUACAUUGCACAAGCCAGGAUUCCUAAAUAUUCAUUUACCUGGAUUUGGUUGAAGAUUUUGAGUCUUGUGUGCUUGAUUAUCUCACUCCUCGCUGCUGCUGGAUCUGUUCAAGGCCUUAUCAAGUCUCUUCAGAAAUUCCAGCUCUUCAAAUCUGAGUCUUGAAGUUCCUGUGGCUAAUGUUGUAUAGAAUAAGGAAGGAAGAAAAAUUCUCCACCUUUUGAACCUUCCUUCUCUUUUAUUUAGUGACAUACAGGACAGUUUGCCUUUACUUAUUAAAGGCAUAAACAUUUGUACUAUGUUGUAAGACUUAUGUCCUAGCUUGGGUUUACAGAAUUGCAAUAGUUUUCAUACAGUUAUUACUAUGUUGCUAUAGGUUUCAUUUGGAUCCAAUGAUAUGAGAUCAUACUUUCUUGCAGACAGAUAGUAUGUUUAUAUGCAUGGGUUUCAACUCCUGGUAUUACCCCCUCUGCCCAAUAACUACUAGGAGUAUUAUAUUAUUUUGAACUUAAUUUGACCAUUUACAAACAGAUUAUCUCCCUUUUAAACAUUUUCCCUAAACACUUUAUAAUCUAUUCAAACUUUUUACUGUUUUAGUAUCCUGCAAUUGGGAUGAGAAAAGUAGUAUUUUAGGACUCUGAUGAAUACCUUCAAUUGAUAAAAUGAUUUGAAACCUAUUUCAGAAUGAAGUUUUGACAUUCAAUACAAUAACUAUGGCAUUACAAUUUCAAGUGCCAUCAAGUACAUAGAAUCACUCCUAUCAUUGAACCAAGUGAUGUUUCACAAAUUGUACGACGAACGCAGAAUAACAUCAAUAAAAUUCACCCUUUACUAGUAUGUUGUCAGCUUGAAACUAGAAAACUUUAUGUCAUACUGGUGAGAUAUAUUUCAAGGUCGAAUUCUGAGAAGGGAAAAUUAACAGCAACUGAGACUUUCAUACUCGUCUAACUCGUGGGCUAUCAUAUCAAGCUCCACUUCUAAAGAAUUACUGGAGACUUCCCAUCAAAGGGA